AAGCUGUCUGUAUUCUGUCAGCGUAUUUGCCUUGAUUUUUAUCCCGAUUCUUCAUCAAUAAUCAAUAAAAUCUUAUAAUUUAAUUGUUUAAUUGUUUAAAAUUUAAUUAUAAUUCUCACUAUUUACUUAACAAUCAUGUGGUUCUCUGGAAGUGUAGCCGAAGCUGUGGAUAAAUCAAAAAAAGAGAAAAAAUUGUUUUUAGUUUUUAUUGAAGGUAAAGAUGAUGUGUCAAAAAAGAUGUCUGAUUUAUUAACUAACCUUAGAGAUGAAAUUUUAUCUGUGAUGCAACGCGAAGUUGUUGCAAUUAAAGUUGAAGAAGGAAGUGAAAACUGUAAAUUAUUUGGUCAAAUAUAUCCAAUUUUAAUGGUUCCUUCGAUAUACUGUAUCAGCAAUACCGGAGUCAAUUUGGAAGUUAUUCCUGGUUUUCUAACAGAGCAAGAGUUUAUGGAUAAGCUCGACAAGGUUCUAAUUGUUCAUAAAGCAAAUUUAACUCAGCCUAUACAACAAUCAGUACCAGUGACUAACCCAGUUACACCAGUCCAACCAGUCUUAGCAUCAGUAUCAACUGCUCCAGCAUUAUCAACUACCACUUCUGUGCCUACUUCAUCUUCUGGGGACAAGAAAGAAGUAGCUUCUGAUAAUAAUGAACAACCAGCAUUCGAUGAAAAAAUUGCCAAAGCUCAGCAAUUACUGGAACAAAUCAAGAUGAAAAAAGCUAAAGAAGAAGAAGAAAAAACAAAACAGCAAGAAUUAGAUCGAAUUAGAUCUGGUAAGGAAUUAGCUAAAGCAAAAGCUCGACGAGAAGAAUUGGAAAUGGCUGAGCUUGUCAAAGAAAGGGAAAAAGAAAAACGAGAAGCAAUCGAGGCCCGUAAGCGUAUCUUGGCACAAAUAGAAGCUGACAAAGAAGAAAGGCGUCGAAGAAAUGAGCUAUUCAAAGUUCCAAGCUGUCAAAAGAGCGAACCCAAAUCAGGAAACAGUGGUACAUCAAGUUCAAAGAGCAAUGAAAAUGAAAGCAGAAUUCAGUUUCGAUUUCCUGAUGGCUCUUUUACUAAUCAAACCUUUGGUGCUGAUGAUCCCCUCUGUGCUUUACGACAAUUUGUCAUUGAUACUUCACCAUAUCGAAAUUUCACUCUGUCCACUUCAUACCCUAAAAGAGUUUUUACUUCAGAUGACUUGACUAGAUCUUUGAGAGAUCUUGAGUUAACACCAAGCUCAGUAUUGCUUGUUAUAUCAAGUCCAUCGGUAGUCUCAAAAGCUACCUCAAUAGUUUCAACUAAUAUAUUCCUUCAAAUAUGGCCGUAUAUUAUGACUCCAUUUUUUUGGAUUUGGACUUUUAUUACUAGUCUAUUUAGAACUCCUCCAUCCCCUGCACAAUCUGCAUCUUCACCCUCUUCAUCAGGUAGCCAAGCAGGCUCGUCAGUAAGAAAGCGAGUUGAUGAAGAGCGAGAACAAAGAUUAUUGAAAAGGCAAAAGGAAAGCAAGCUUCUAAAUCGAGAUGGUAAUGUUGCUCGACUCCGAGACAAUCAUGAUGAUAAAGACGAUGAUGGUACUUGGAAUGGUAAUUCAACACAGCAGAUGUAAUUGAUAAAUGCAAUGGUCGUCCAAUAGUUGGUCGCAUUCUUAUUGUUAUACGUGUUAAGAUUAAAUGGAAAAAAAUUAAAUAUAGUGAGAUGGAUGAGAAAUCUUUAAUUAAGAUGAGCCAUUAAAAACAUCAAUAUCUAUGUAAACAAAA